CUAUAUAUAUAUAUAUAUAUAUAUAUAUAUAUAUUUACAAAAUUAAAUUUCUGAUAAAUUAGUGUUUGUUUAAAGAAAAAAUGGCGUCCAGAAGAAUUCUCAAGGAGCUUAGAGAAUUGCAAAGAGACCCCCCUACUUCAUGCAGCGCAGGUCCUGUGGCUCAAGACAUGUUCCACUGGCAAGCAACAAUAAUAGGACCAAAUGAAAGCCCAUAUGCUGGUGGUGUUUUCCAAGUUACCAUCCAUUUCCCUCCUGAUUAUCCUUUCAAACCUCCCAAGGUAGCUUUCAGGACCAAAGUAUUUCAUCCUAACAUAAACAAUAAUGGCAACAUAUGCUUGGAUAUUCUUAAGGAUCAAUGGAGUCCAGCUCUCACCAUUUCCAAGGUUCUUCUUUCGAUAUGUUCGUUGCUAACCGACCCAAACCCAGACGACCCUUUGGUACCUGAGAUAGCACACAUGUACAAAACUGACACUUCCAAAUACGAAUCAAUGGCUCGUAGCUGGACUCAAAAGUAUGCUAUGUGCUGAUCAUCGAUAUAUCACUAUUUUCAAUUUAAUUUCCUAACUUUCCAGGAUUUUUAUGUAUUUAAUAAUAGCAACCACAUACGUACUUGUGUUGAGUGCUGCUCAUAUUUUCCUUAAUUGUUCAAACUUGUUUUCGUUUCACUUCAUGAAUCGAAUAUCCAUAUAAUAUCAUCAAAAUACUGGCAAUUAUACUAUGUAUGUAUAUGCUUGUUGGUGGCUUUA